GUCUCUCGUCGCUCGAAUCUGCUAGCCGUCGGUGUGUGUUGUUGUCGAAGCAAUGAUGGCGGCAGCGGGAUGCGGAUCAGCAACCGCGGCUGCCGGAGGAGGCCAAGGUGGAACCGCUACGGCCAGAGGUCGUUUCCCCGGUCGGCCUUGGUCAUCUCGUAGUCGUUUGCGCUCCGAGAAGCGCUGGCAACUCGGGCGCUCGGGUUUAGAAGCUGAUGAUGUGACUUGCGGAGGGCCAAGGCCCGCAAACCUGGUUGUAUCGUUAAACGAAGACCAGUCUCACUUGCGCUUACUUGGAAUCGAGGCGAGCCACAAGACCCUUGGCCAGGCUGGGUACAGCUCUAGUGGGAGUGAAGAGGUGAGGUCCCAAACCGACUCUGGAGGCGAUGAAUUCCAAGGUUUUGAAGCUCUCAAGAAAAGCUCUAAAGGAGCUCCAUGCUCUCGGCAAAAACCUUCUACAGGUGAUGUCAUCACAAAACCUAAACGACAACGUGAGAAGGUAGCACCUAUUAUGCCAGCUGAGGAGGCAGCUAUUUUUCCUCCUGACCACGUUAAAGAAGAACAUUUGGUGGAUGAGAAAGACAUAGCAUCUUCCAAAACAGAGCCUGCUAAAGGGUCCAGAAAACGUUCUAAAGUUAAGAACAUUGCCAGUCAGGAGCUGACCAAAGGUGGAGUGUUGUUGCCAGCACCAAGGAUUACAAUAAAGUUGGUGGCGAAAAAGAAAAUUAAAACAGUCAAGGGACCUCAUGAAAAGUCUGUCAAGAAGAUGAAGGUGAAAGGAACUGAGGUAACGGUAAAGGAACCUCAUGAAAAGUCUGUCAAGAAGAUGAAGCUAAAAGAAACUGAGGAGAAGCCCCACGAUGAGAAUAUUCAGGCUGAAACUAUUUCUAGUGUACAUGUUAAAUUAAAACCCGAACCACCUGAAGAGGUUGCGGACGAUCAAGGUGCCGGGACUUUACGUGCCAGAAGACGUGGACGAUCUGCUUCCAAAGGGACGGUAUCGCUUGGGAAGCCUGGUGACAAUGUUGAGGCUGACGACCAGAAAUCAGUGGAUCAACCUGACACUGUAAAAGAGACUGCUGAGUCAAAAAAAAUUGGAAAGCGGUCAAAGCGUAAUCAACAAGCCACUCGGCGGAGCAAGAGAGUCUCCAACCCGCCGUCGCAACCUGUCUUGGAUGCUGCUGCUGCUGCCGCUGCUGCCGCUGCUGCUUUUGCUGAACCGGAAAAUUCAGUUACCAAGUCAAAGGUGUCCAGAAAAUUUGAGCCAAAGGUGGCCAUGAGGAGGGGCAGACAGAGACAGAGUAAAAGACAAAAGAAGGGUGUUCCACUCUCAGACAACCCAAGUUCAUCAUCCGCCGCGACUGAUCCAUUAGCCGUGCAACCCAGCAAUAAGUUGCCUUUGAACGAGGAGGGCAGGGUUCCAAGUUUGAAGUUGAGAAAAAUGAGGAAUCCCAAAUAUGAUGCGCAGUCCAGCGGGAAGACAACUCGAAAAAAGAAGCGGAAAAAAUUCAUCUGGACAUUAUCAUUAGUGAAGUCGGUGAGUAAGGUCCAGCUUGCUGAAGAGACUGUAAAGCCGACAGAGAGUGCUACGGGGACUACUGAAGUGAAUCUGUCCACACUAAACGACAAGAAUCUCGACGAGAUUUUGAUGGAGUCGGAGAAGUCGUUAAAGUUGGACAAUUGGGCCCCGCGGGAGAGCAGCACAGCAAACACUGAAGAGAAAAGUUGCCCAAACAAGGCAGAUGAAAAAUGCGAGAAAAUGUCUGCUUCACAAGUGGAAGUUAAAAAGGGUGGAAGUGAAGGCUCUCUUCAAGAAGCCCCUCAGCAAGAUUGUGGGAAAGUUGUCCCACCUUUUCAAAUCAAAAAACUCUCCUCUCCAGGCAGGCAUAAGAAAUCCAAGAUGUCCUUUUUGGUUCAACAAGUUAGCCCGGUACCUGAAAAAAAGGAUGAUGCUACUAAAGAGAUUGACAAAGUUCAAGAGGCUAAGCCCCCGUCUCCGGCGGCGGACGACCAACCAACCAGGACACUACGAAGGAGAACAUUAAGCCUCGAUUUUCCUCCCAAAAAGUCUGUCAUUCGUAAGAGUCCAUGGAAGCGACGUUUGCGGAUGAGUCCACAGGUUGAAAAUGCACCACAAGUGAGUGUUGAAGCACCUGCUCAGGUUUUAACAGAAGAGUCCACCUCACAAGUUCUCCCUGAAAGCUCACAGGAAACAAUUCUAAAAUCAUCGCAAGAAUCUUGCGCAGUUCCUGAAAUUUUUGAAAAGGAGUCCGCAGAGACCAUCGAUGCUCCUCCAGCGGAGCCUCUUGAAGCGUCGCCGCACAAGAUGGAGAAUGAGGCCGAACCGCAAAUUAAUGAGGCCAAAUCCUUGCCAGUGCCUUCUCUACCCAAGAGACGUCAUGCUAAUAAAUUUGGGAAAAAGAGGUCUGCUCAAAGGAAAAAAGCUCUUGUACCUAAAGAAAGUGCAGUCAGUACAGAAUUGGUGGUUGUCGAAUCUGCAAACAUUGAGUCCCCACAGAAGGAAGACCAGGCUUUGGAAACAGAAGUAAGUCAGCCCGAGGCAAAAGAAAGCCAGGAGCUGGUAGAGAAACAGGUUACGCAAUCCGCCGAGGAAGAGCCCAAGCAGCUACCCGUUAAAGAGGAAACAGACAUUCACUUGAUAGAUUUUCAGCCGCCAUUGAAUUUGGAAAGUCAAGCAAGCAAUCCCAAAACAUUAUGCUUAAAGAAGAAAUCCCACAAGAAAGGAAAAAAGAGACGUCGAACCCGAAUUGGGCAGCGUCAGAAGCACAAACACAGGAACACAGAUGGGAAGUUUGCUCCUCUUAACUCAUCCGAAAGAGAGGGAACACUCGAAGAGAGCUUUUCUAUCCAAUCAGAUGAAAGCGCUCCAGCCCCUCGUCCGAAACUUGUUGGUGUGCAUAAAAAGUACAAAAAGAGACCCUCCGCCAUCCAGUUUGACUCCAAACGGCCGCAACCGGAGUCCAUCCUUUCUACGUUAAUAGAGAUCGGGCUUGACAAAGAGGCCAGUGAUUUGAAAGAAGAAGAAACCGACUCACUGGUGGAUGGACCACGGGCGGAUGCAGUUGACGUCCCGUCCGGCAAAACCAAGUUUGUCAAAAACAUCAAACACUUCAUCAUGCCCGUUGUAAGUGCCAGAUCCUCUCGAGUGAUCAAGACCCCACAGAGGUUUAUGGAUGACGUUGGAAUGUCCAGGUUGCCGCGUAGGACCUCCCCCAAAAAAGGUUUGCAACUGGGCUUGCAGAUACGCACGGAUAAGAGGCGAGAUGAAGAAACGGAGCAAACCAUUUCCCCCAUCCUACCUGUUGACGAGGAGGACAUAUUACGAGAAGCUCAGCUCGACCUGGACCUGUUUUCAUCUGAUGAUCUGGAUGAUACAGCUGACAUAACUGCCGGUCUGUUUUCGGACACAAAAAGUGUCAAAAUGGAAAAGAAGAGCUCAUUUGUGAAGGACUCCGGUUUGAAAUGGGAUCUGCCUGCAGAGUUGACGGAGGAAAUAUUCACACUGGACAAAACUCCCGAGGACCAAUGCGAGGAUCUAUUUUUAUCUCCUCCAGUUGAAAAACCCCGAGAAGUCUUUUCUGCCGGCCUUUUGGAUGUUCAGAAAAAGACCCCGCCCCUCAAGUUUCACAAGCAAACCGCUCACUUUUAUCAAAGACUAAACAAGUUUCACAAAGGUCUUCCUCAAUGCAAAAGUUCAACAGAUAUGGAAAGUAGCAAAUCGCUUCAGUCGCCUGUUGAUUUAGCUGAAGGACUUGAUGAUGAGGCCAUGAGCAUUAGCUUGAGGCAGCGCAACACCGACUCUGCUCUGGAGAAAUCCAAGCUCAAAAUAGAAGACCUAGGCACGCCAGGAGUUGUGAGAAAAGUUUGCAUUAAAGCGACAAAGUCCAAGUUGCUUGCCAAUCGGGACGGUGAAAAAGAGAAUCCGGCAGGGAAGGACGGCAUCAAGCUUUCAUCAGCCGAGCUGCAGUCAACAAAGGAGUCGGCCAUAUGCGAAGAUGACCAUCCCGCAUAUUUGGGAAAAGGAGCUUCACAGAGGGCGCGACUUACAGGAGCGAAUAAACGAAUGUUCAACUUGCUCAGAAAAGCCAAAGUGCAGCUCAUGAAGAUUGACCAGCAGAAACAGAUGAAGUGCUCGGGGCUGUUAUCCGGACCCGCCAGUGUGCGACCGAGAAAUCUGACCUCCAAGAGACAAAAGAGGAAGCGGCAAGUGCAGCUUGAGACCGAUGUUUCAAUCAAGACGGAGCCAUCUCAAGGACAACUGCAGCUCAUCUCACCGCUGUGCCAAGAGUUCCGUCAAGCAGGGGGUCCACGCAUCAAGCAUGUGUGCCGCGCCGCUUCUGUGGUGCUCGGGCAGCCUCGGGCGUUGGUACCAGAUGACAUUCCCAGGCUCAGUGCUCUGCCUCUGCACGAAAGAACAGGCAUCUCUCCCUCAGCCGUUGCAAAGGAUGUCGCAGAUGGCUCCCUGUCCGAAUCCGAUAGUCCCGAUUUCUCCGAUUCAAAAGUCACCAAGGUCAGGAAGACGUCCUCCGGCUUUGUGAAACGAAAAGGACUUGGAGCUUUCGGGUACCGCUCUCGGAGGUGCGGCGUAUGCAAGGGUUGCAACCACGAAGACGAUUGUGGGAGAUGCAUCAACUGCCUUGACAAACCGAAGUUUGGUGGUCCUAACACCAAACGACAGUGUUGUGUGUACAAGAGAUGUGAUCAAAUUGAAGAAAGGAAAGCCCGAAGACUCAGUGGAAGAUUUGCACCUAAAGGUUCAAAACGACGGCGGUUCUCUUUCAGCGGAGGACAUUCAAGUAAUGAUGAAGGGAUGGAGGGAGUGGCAGACUCGCCUUCCGGCCUCCAGGCAGACAGUAACAGUCCGUCUGUGAGGAAGCAGCCAAAACGUGUCGUAAAACCACGUAUCUACUUUGACCUGGUGGACUAUGAUUCAGAUCUGGAUGAAAAGGACCUCAGCUCAGCCUCACCAGCCAGAAGGAAGGGCAAUGGGCCUCGUAUGACUCCCGACUUUGUGUCUGGAUUCCUGGGAGAUAUAUCAGAUGACGAGAUCCGGCAUCGGAAAUCUAGCGCACAUCGUGUGCCAUCUGUUCGACGCAAACCUGAUAAGGGUUUGUCAUCACAGGCUUCCUUUGAGGAGACGCCACCAAGUGUCCUGGCUGCCUUAGCUAAUGGAUUUGAGGAGAGGGAAGUUGAGUCUUCAAAACCCACCCAUAAAAUCCGAGUCAACUUCAAGGAGGACUGUACCUUGGAGAAUGUUUGGAACAUGGGUGGUUUAAGUAUCCUGACCUCUGCACCCAACAUGCCACCUCAUGUGUGCCUACUUUGUGCCAGUAAAGGGCAACACGAGAUGUUGUAUUGCCAAGUGUGCUGUGAGCCCUUCCACUGGUUUUGCCUUGAAGAGUCAGAGCGCCCCUCAGUGGAAAAUAAGGAAAACUGGUGCUGUCGGCAUUGCAAGUUUUGCCAUGUUUGUGGAAGGAAAAACAAGCAAUCAAAGCCCUUGUUGGAGUGCGAACGAUGUCAGAACUGCUACCACGCUUCCUGUCUUGGACCAAAUUAUCCAAAACAAAACAAGAAAAGGAAAGCUUGGGUUUGUAUGACAUGCAUCAGGUGCAAGAGUUGUGGGGUCACACCGGGAAAGAGCUGGGACAUCGAUUGGAACCACGAGAAAGGACUCUGUCCAGAUUGUUCCCAACUCUAUGAACAGGGUAACUAUUGCCCAAUCUGCUUCAAGUGCUAUGAGGACAAUGACUACGACAGUCAGAUGAUGCAGUGCGGCACAUGUAACCACUGGGUACAUGCCAAGUGUGAGGAUCUAACAGAUGAAUUGUAUGAGAUCCUAUCCAGCUUACCAGAGAGUGUGGUGUAUUCGUGUCGGCCAUGCAGUGUGACUCAACCCAGUGCCUGGAGAGAACUUCUCUACAUCGAGCUCCGAUCUGGAGUAGAGAAGGUUCUCGCCUGCUUGCUGUCUUCCACCCUCACCCAGCACCUUGUUACCUGCUCACAGUGUGAAAAGUUGGUGGAACCUGACAGUGGAAUCGAAGGACCCGCCUGUGACCUCCGAGCUGUGGGCAAGAAGUUUGACAAAGGCCUUUAUACAACGUUGAAAAUGUUCCAUGAAGAUGUAGUCCAGGUGGUGAGAAAAAGGCUGGAACAAGAAGAAAGCCUUCCAGAAGAGCAAAGACCCACUGCCUUGGCACGCUCAUAUUAUUUAAAGCUGCUUGAAGAGGUCUUCAAUUGGUUCAACAGUCAAGACCCAAAAGUUUGGAACUCGUGUACCAAAACACUGCCCAUGGGGAUGCUGUCACAUGCUGUUCAUCCUCCUACCACCGAGCAUGUCUAUGCCCAGUGGCAGGAGAGGGAAGGGCUCCAUUCUCGAACUCCUUUGGAACUCUUGGAUGACAAUGGAGAAGGUUUUGAUGAAAGGAAAGAUGAAAUGGGUCUUCCAAUGGCAGCAGAGCAUUCAAGCUGGAACCACUUCAAAGCCAGCAUUGCUUUCCGGCACAAAUUGAAAGGAAAAAGGGGACGGUUUUCAAAAGCAGAUCUGGACACCGGUUGGUCGAAGGAUGAUGAGAGACAGUGCUCCUUGUGCCAAAAAUACGGAGACCGUAAACCCAACGAUGCGGGCAGGUUGUUGUACCUGGGCCAGAACGAGUGGGCACAUGUCAACUGUUCUCUGUGGUCAGCUGAAGUGUUUGAAGAGGACAACGGCGCUUUACUGCAUGUACACAGUGCUGUCACAAGGGGUCGCUUGAUGCGAUGUGAAAGGUGCAACCAAACAGGCGCCACCGUUGGCUGCUGCCUGACUUCUUGUCAGAGCAACUAUCACUUCAUGUGUGCCCGCUCCCGACACUGUGUAUUCCAGGAUGACAAGAAGGUCUACUGUCACAAACAUAAGCAUCUGAUCAGUGGAAAGAUGAUAAGCGGUCAGGAGUUUGAAGUCAACCGACGGGUAUAUGUGGAUUUCGAAGGAAUCAGCCUCCGCAGAAAGUUCUUAACUGGACUGGAGCCCGAGAUAAUCAAUGUCAUGAUUGGUUCUCUACAGAUUGAUAAACUUGGUGUCCUGUCAGAGCUUUCAGCAAACAAAGGGAAAUUGUUUCCUGUGGGAUUUCAGUGUUCUCGCUGGUACUGGAGCACCAUGAAUCCACUGCAAAAAUGCAAAUACACAUGCACAGUCCGUGAAGUCCAACCGUUACUACCAGAGAACCCCAUUGAGGAGAUGCCUGACCAAGGAGACAAUCACACCAUCGAGCACAACCCUUGUCCGUUGCCAGAAUCCGAGACCCAUGUGAGUGAUAAAUCAGAAUCACAGAUCCACCCUGAGGAACGCCUUUCCCAAUCAACAAAGCCAGAUCAUGGAGCAAAGCCAAAGAUUCCCAGCUAUCCCCAAACCAGGAGACCAGCUGGAGGAAUGUCCCGACCUUUGCCAUCCCCAGGAGCAAUCCCAAUAAAACCUCACCAUAUACUAACAGUAAGUGAUCUGGAGGAAACAAGAAGAGCUCGACGCCACAACCCCCACACCCAGGCAACAAGCCUACGCAGUAACAAGUCUCCUGCUCCCCUGGGGCCCCCAACGGGACCAGUCUCUCUUCGUGCAGGAAAAUCUCUUCCAACUUCCCCACUUUUCUCAAGUGCCACUUCAGACAGCCUGAUAAAUUCUUCAUUAGCCCGCCCCGUCGGGGGGAGAAAUGCUUCCUCAGUUCGUUGCCCUGGUAAUGCAAAGUCCCAUUGUGCCUCAUCUUUCUUUCCUCAGUCUCCCUGGCAGGACAGUGCAGGACCAUUUGCAUCUCCAAGUCUGUCAUUCUCUCCAUCCAUACAGAACUUACCAAGGACUCGGUUAUCUUUUGAUCUGAGCCAAUCGGAUUCUGUGGAAGUGCCACACAAUUUCCUGGCAUCACCGGAGCCGGAAGAUGUUUCUCCCGCAAACGGCACUUCACCUCAGAGGGACUUGGACGAACAGAAAGAUGAAGACGAAUUUCGGUUUACUUCAUAUCACAAGGAUCCCAACAUUACUCUGGGACAAGAGAUGAGGACAGAAUUGGAAAUUGAAGAGACAGUCCUGAAUGAAGUUGUGGCUAUGAACUGCGGUGGGCAAAUUGUGGUAGAAGGUGAUGAUCAAGAAGAAUUUUGGGGUCGAGCCCAAGAGGCACAGAAAAGAAAAUCCCUUGUUGCCAGUCUGCCACGGUCGGCAGCCUCAGGCAGGAAUGACCUCGGCAAUACUUCCUCUGAUGACGAUAUGGAACAUUACUUUGACUUCUCCCGGACUGUUGUCAGCUGUCCUGGGUCGAAAGAGCGUUCCAAGUCUCCCACGUCCACUACCUCCAGAAACAUGGCUCAGUUGGAUGGAGUAGAUGAUGGAACGGAGAGUGAUGCAAGCAUCUCUCCUAGUGAUAAUUCUCAGAAAGUUGAUUGUUCUGGUAAAACGAUUCCAACCAACAGCCUAAGUAACAGCGGUAUCCCCGAAUCGGAAACAUUGACUAAAACCAAUACAAUUCAGAAUCAGAACUUCAUAGUGACAUCAAAUUUGAAGCACAACGAUUCGUCACCUCUGACGAGCUUAUCUCAAAAUCUUCCAGGAUCCUCAAGAGAUAUCAUGGCCUCUUCUCACCACGUGGAAAGAGCUGACACAAGUCAGGAAAGUGUGCUUCCCACCCUGGAGGGGAACCCUAAUUUACUGACAAACCUGGCUGACAGCUCCCAUUCUGAGGACUUGCUCAAGAGUUCCUCUGUAGAAUUUGCCUCUGCAGUGCCUACAAACGACUCUGAGCCCCAUUUAGGAAAGCCGGUUCCUGUGCUGGAAUGCACACAACUGGAAUCCCGACAAGCUGAAGACUCGAAACAUCUGAUGUCAAAACCUGACAACAGAAACGUUGCUUCCUCAGCUGAGGCCUGCACUGUGUUAGGUAACCACAUCGCAGGCAACUCCAUGGGAAAUUCCACCGACGAUUCCCAACUUGCCCCGAAAUCGGCACGUGCGCAAUGUCCUUCUCGUGGACCUUCAGACUCUCCUCAAAUGUAUUCCAGUUCACCAGGUGUCACCCAACCGUCUCUCACAAGUAUUACACUACAGCCCGUUAACACGUCACAAGACUCAGCCACCUCAACUCCUGUCGGGGACCCGACGCCGACUCUGCAAAAUGUUGCACCCCAAAAUGAACCGUUAUUAUCAGGGCCAUCUGUCCAAGCAGUAACCUCUGGCAGUAUCUCGUUACCUGUGCGCUCCAGCCAGGCAAUGCCUUUAGGUUUGACAGCUGUCACCAUUGUUUCUUCCUCUACUUCAGUAUCUUCUCUUUCUCGACUUAGCGUGUCCGCUCCACUACCAGCCCAAACCAUCACAACCCCAGUGAUUUUAAAUGGCUAUAGCUCUUCAGCCUUGCAGAAGGACCCGACAUCCGGUCACACAAUCUCAAUCAAUUUUUCGACACCAAGGCCUGCUUUAGAACCUCAGCAGCCUGUGGUAUCCUCAGCGCUGCCCGGUCAUGCCAUUCUUACUGUGAAGGAAGUUGGAGGUCCAAAUGUGGACCCUACACCCCAUGUGUUGUUGGUGAACCGUCUUGGGCAGAUUUUUGUCAAGAGCCCAGACAGCAACACAUUCCAGCUGCCAAAUCCUAAUGCUCCAUCCUUUAACUGUGUCACUCAGAUCGCCAGUCUUUUGCAAAGCAAUGCACUGUCGGCUACGCUCGCCGCAGCCGGAAACAUGCCUACUCCACCCCCUGGGCCCAUCGUGAUGUCCACCGCUUCCACGGCAGCCACUCCUGCAGAGCAGACUCCUACCACCAUUGCACAGUUGCUUACUCACAAUAGCAAUGGGGCGUUGUCAUCAAUUAAUGUUAAAAAGGCAAGGAAGAAUCCCAAAAAGCCCAAAGAGGAAACUGCCCCCGAAAUGAAAAAGACAAAGAAAAAGAAAGAAUCCAGCGGGUCCAAAAAAUGCAAGUCCUCCAAGGCCAGCGGACAGAACCCUUUAUCGACAAAGAGUUCCGACGCAUCUCCUGCGGAGAGCGCCGAAGCAAUCAUCAACCAAGCAAUGGCAAGCAACUACACCCCCAAGUGGAGCGGGCUUCGAACACUUAGCCCCUCCUCUCUGGUUUUGCCUCCUGGUCUACUCAUUGAGCCCGAACCUCCAGCACCAUGCACCAAAACAGCACCCGCAUCCCGCCCUCGCACCCACGUCCGCAUGAAGAGAGUGUCUUCGCUUUCCGACCGUAUCGUCACAAAGAAGUCUAAAGUGGAUUUCCUGGCCUCUGCACCAACCAGCGAGGACGAGUGCAAGCGAGCAAGCGCAUCGAGCGUCUCCAGCAGGGCCUCUGGAGUCCGCAUCAAGACUCCGACCGUUAAAGGAAUAUUGAACCUGGAUGACUUAAAACAGGAGCGUCAAAGUGAUUCUGAAAGCUCUGGGUGCGAAGCGUGGGACCAUACGUCUCGGGGUGAAUAUGGCAAGCAGCAAACUUUGGAGCCGGCGGGUCACAGCACCUUUAGUGAUUGGAAGAAAUACUCUGGCGCAGCUUCUGCCUCUGAUGAUGAUUCGCAACUCUCUGAUGAGGACGACGAGUGUUUGCCAAACAAAGAUCAGCCUCACUUGCGAUUCCAGAUAAGCAGUGAUGAUGGCUUCAAUGUAGAGGCAGACACUAUUGAGGUUGCUUGGAAAGCGGUGAUAGAUGGUGUGCAAGAGGCGCGAGCAAUUGCAAAGCUGAGACCUCUGGCUUUCCAGAGGAUCACAGGUGCCCGAAUGCUCGGUCUGCUCCACGACGCUGUGGUCUUCUUGCUGGAACAACUUGAAGGGGCGCAUCGCUGCCAACACCACGCCUUCCGUUUCUUCAAGCAGUUCAGCCAGGAAGAUGACCUACCCGUCAAUCCCACUGGCUGUGCCCGCUCCGAAUUCUACCUUAGAAAAUCCACAUUUGACAUGUUCAACUUCCUGGCAUCCCAGCAUAGGCAGCUUCCUGACAUUGGCUCUUAUGAUGAUGAAGAAGAUGAUGUUCUUUUGAAGUCCACAAGACGGGCCACGAGCUUGGAGUUGCCAAUGGCCAUGCGCUUCAGACAUUUGGAAAGGACAUCAAAAGAGGCUGUCGGCGUCUACAGGUCUGCAAUCCAUGGGCGUGGACUCUUCUGCAAGAGGAACAUUGAAGCAGGAGAGAUGGUCAUCGAAUACGCCGGCAUUGUCAUUCGCUCGGUGCUCACUGACAAGAGGGAGAAGUACUACGAUGGCAAGGGUAUCGGUUGUUACAUGUUCCGCAUCGACGACUUUGACGUGGUGGAUGCGACCAUGCACGGCAACGCCGCCAGAUUCAUCAACCACUCCUGUGAGCCCAACUGCUACUCGCGAGUGAUCAACGUGGAGGGCCGCAAGCACAUCGUCAUCUUUGCUUUGCGCAAGAUCUACAGAGGAGAGGAGCUCACCUACGACUACAAGUUCCCCAUCGAAGACGCCAGCAACAAGCUCAACUGUAACUGCGGCGCCCGGCGCUGUCGACGUUUCCUCAACUAAGAGGUCUGUCGUCGUUUGAGACUGAGAGAUUUGUGUUUACUAGAAAGCCUUAAAUUAAGGUGGCACUGGAUGGAGCUCUGGCACGUUGAAGGCACUUGGCGCAGAACGCAAAUUAGCCACUAUUGAGACAUGUUUGCUCCGCGUGCACGGUGUGGAGGAGCGGAAGACGAGGUUGUCCGACACUGAUGCGUGUUUGAAGGGUACCCGAGGCUGCCUAUUACGACGACUCACCGUUUGAUUAUUUAUAAUACAGCCGGGGGCUUCCAGUUCACUGUGGAAUCCGCAGCGGCGUUUCAUGGACACACACAUCAAGCCUUAUCUGUCAAAAUUAAUGCUGCCAAGUUACAGCUUGGCUUUGAGAGAAGUCUUUUUUUUUUUUCUUUUCUUGUCUUUCAAUCGUACAUCCGCAAUUAUCUUUGCUCCAUCCUAUAGUGAAGGGAAUAUUAAUCCCCCAUGUGUGUUGUAGUGAAGUCAGUUCUUUCGCCAUAUAUUCACCCAAACCUUAUUUUACCAUGUGCACAUCUUUUUGUGGACAUGUUUUAGUGCUUUUCUUUCCCCUCUUCCAGAUGACAAGCACGGUGCUAAGCAUUGAAGGGUUUUCUCAGGACGAAGAUGUCCUGCAGACGAGGAUUAGUUUGCUGAGUGUUCACCCCUGCGCAGAAUGCAUAUUUUAAAGAAAUGCACUCUCUCAGUACUUAACAUCAUUGGAUAAUUCAUCAUCUUCGCUGUCCUUUUUUUUUUUUUUUUUAAAGAGUUAAACGUUUCAGUGAAAUGAGAAGACUUUCUUGAUGUACAGUAUAUGUAGCAACACUACCCAAACCAAAAGGUAAGAGUGAUGGAGAUCAGUUUUUUUUAAAAAAGAAAAAAAAAAAAUUCCGUUCUACUCUUCAGCUAUUCCAACAAGACUGUACCGCAGUUGCAUAUAAAUGGCAGCACAAAUUUUGCGAAACCCGAUACUGUUGAUCUGUCAAUCAGGGAGCUAGUGUAAAUUGCCAUUGAGUGUGUGCGUACGAGCGUUCAGCUCCCGCAACGGGCUCGUCGUGAACACGGUGCGCACACUUUGCUUCACGACGAGCCGUCGACGUCAGAAACGGAUGCACUCGGCACCUAAUUUAAGAUAGUAAGGAAAUGUUGUUCUUAGUGAUGUUCAGUACUGUCUUUAAUGAGCGUAAUUCAAUUCACACUGUUUGAAAUUAGUCGUGAUAUUUAUUCGCGUUUUGAUUUUGACUUUUAAUGGUGAACGGUUGUUUUGUAUAAAGGGUGGUGGGUGUACAGCUCCAUUUGUAGUGCCCGUUUUGUUUUGUUUUGUUUACAAGUGUUGUCCUUUGUUUCACUAAUGUACUUGAAUUUUUCUGUUAAGGCAAGCGAAUCAUACAUAUAUGGCUUUUUCUUUUUGGAACCAGGUCUUUUAAAGAAUAUUUUAAUUUCAUUACCAUGUUGUGGCAACAAACUGACGGUUAUAGAGAAUGCCACAAAAGUAAAGCGAGCACUGUUUGCCUCCUUAAACCCACGUCGAUUUAACCCCCAUCUUUUAUUUUUGUUCCCCCCCCUCAAACAUUUUUGAGCAAACUUUAUACGUGUGCGUCAACCUUUGUGCCCAUUUUGCAUGUCCAAUCACUGGGAUGGAGCCCAGAUUAAGUGUCAAUCACUUAGCGACAAAAAAAAAAAAAAACGACAAAAAAAAGAA